AACAAAAGUUAUUUUACAGCUUUGAUAUUAGUUUUUGUUUUUCUUCAAUGCCACGGUAAGAACUUGCUGAAAGAUUCGUUUUAAUUGGGAUCCUAAUUGAGGAACAAAAUGUGGAAAAGUAACGUCAAGGCCUUUUUUAGUCUCGGAGUUUCUUUGUUUUUCUUCAUCACAUCUUUCAUUGCUGCCCGAAAUGCUCGAUACAUCCAUAGCGCCACCUACCGACACGUUGAACGACUAACCACAGAAGUAGUACCACCCCACAACCAAUCAGAGUGUGCUACGUUGACCAGCGGUUAUUCGGUUCAAAAGUUUUCAAACUUAUUGCCGCGGGGUGGCAGUGCUGUUCGUGACGUCACAUUUGAAAUGACGUCACAAUCUUGCUAUUGUAGCAACGAUAAACUAGAUUUUGUAACAACAAACAUGGGAAAUAAUGAAGUCCUGUUAAUUUUUACAGGUAAUACUGAUACUGUUUCGGUGUAUUCCUCUAGUUGCACAAGUGCGGAAAUUUAUUUUGAAUUUCUUGCAAUUUUAAAUUGCUUGCUAACUAUUGCAUGGUUUUUAUCGUUUUUAAUUCUUUAUGAGGAAAAAGAUAAGCAAAAUAAAUUUGUAAUUCUAACCUCAAUAACUCAUGUCCAGAGUUCGUAUAUUAACACGGACUCUGCUCCUGACUAUCCAGUUAAAAGGUAUAAAAAAAGCGUUGUAUUUUAAGAUUUUAUUUCUUGUUUAUAUUGCAUUUUACUGUUGCAUUUGUUCCGUUGUUUUACUGUAUAAUGUGUACGCUGCAAAUUUAUGAUGUAUAGUAGGGUGGGGAAAGACGGGACACGUUUAGCACAUAAUAUCUAAAUAUUCUGACCGUGUUUCGCGGGGAUACGGAUUUUCAAUUCCUUGAACUUUCUUACGUUACUAUCAAAUGGGACCAGAAAAUAGAUUGAAAACGUAUUCCCUACCCUACUAUAACUAGCAGAGUCAAACUUUGUUUAAACACCGACUCAGGUUUUAAUAAUUAAAAUUUGUUCGUACCGCUGUAAAGACGAUCUGCCUUUGAAGUUUUAUACCGUUUCCGUUUUACAUAUGUGUCUUGUAUUGCAUCGUAUAUCACAUUUGUUGCGAGUUAAAGGAUAAAAAAAUUAAGGGACGAAA